AUGCUCCUUUUCAAGACCCAUGCGAAGCGCAAGGUCAAGGAUGUUGGCAUCUGGUACGCUCUGGAACGUCUGAAGUACGCUUUGCUUCCUUUGCAGGACGAAGAACACGCCGAGGGUGCUCCAUAUCCAGCCAUUAUGAUCCACGAUACUGACAAGAGUACUGCGGCUCUUGAUGACGGUUUCGACAAGGAGAUGGAGGAGUUCUUUGACUACAUUUUCGACGCUAAAGCGUUCGAGGAUAUGGAGACGUAUGUGAACGAAGGACCGGAGGCAGUGAGCACGGGAGUUGAGCAAAGUUCCGGCGACAAGUAG